CUGCGCAACGAGUCACACCGCAUCUCGUCUUCGUCUUCGCCUCCGUCUCUUCGCCUAAUUGAGAUUGUGCCCUCAGAAACUAUUCGUUCUGAAACUAAUCGGUUAAUCAACACCUCGCAUCGCCAACUUAUGACUUUGACAGAGUGUCAACAAAUCGUCUAAAAUCUCAAGUGAAACCAAGUGAUACACGAACUCCAAGACUGAGUUUCCGCCGGUUUUGUGCCGGGACAAAUUCGCGGUUCUUGGAGCUCCAGAAACUAUGACCGUAACCGCCUUUGCUGCCGCCAUGCACAGACCCUUUUUCAAUGGAUAUUCUACCAUGCAAGACAUGAACAGCGGCCAGGGGCGCGUCAAUCAACUAGGUGGAGUCUUCAUCAACGGUCGUCCUUUGCCCAACAACAUCCGUUUAAAAAUCGUCGAGAUGGCUGCCGACGGCAUUCGGCCCUGUGUGAUCUCCAGACAACUGCGCGUGUCCCACGGAUGCGUUUCGAAGAUCCUGAACCGAUAUCAGGAAACAGGCUCCAUCAGACCAGGAGUGAUUGGUGGCUCCAAGCCGAGGAUCGCCACCCCCGAGAUCGAGAACAGGAUCGAGGACUACAAGCGCAGCAACCCCGGCAUGUUCUCCUGGGAGAUCCGGGAGAAGCUAAUCCGCGAAGGCGUCUGCGACAGGAGCACGGCGCCCUCCGUCUCCGCCAUUUCGCGCCUGGUGCGUGGCCGAGAUGCCCCACUGGACACCGAUCUGUCCUCCGCCUCGGGAUCUCCGUCGGGCGGUGUUACCAAGGCUUCGAGUUCGUGCGGCUCCGAUGUGUCCGGAGGCCAUCACAACAACAAGCCCUCCGACGAGGACAUCUCCGACUGUGAAAGUGAGCCCGGAAUCGCUUUGAAGCGCAAGCAACGCCGCUGCAGGACCACCUUCUCGGCAUCCCAGUUGGACGAACUGGAGCGCGCCUUCGAGCGCACCCAGUAUCCCGACAUUUACACCCGCGAGGAGCUGGCCCAGCGCACCAAUCUCACGGAGGCACGCAUCCAGGUGUGGUUCAGCAACCGGCGGGCUCGUCUCCGCAAGCAGCACACCUCGGUCUCCGCCGUGGCUCCCGGUGGAGUGUCCUCCGUCAGCCAUGUGCCGACAGCCACCUCGCUGCCCAGCGUGGUCUCCAGUGUGCCCAGCAUGGCCCCGCUGGCCAUGAUGCCGGGAUCCCUGGACGCUGCCUCCGUGCCCCUCUACCAGCAGCAGUACGACUUCUACGGCAGUGCCGCCAACAUCUCCAUUUCCGCCGCCGCCGCCGCUCCCAUGGGCAGCAGCAAUCUCUCGCCGGGAAUCACGACCACUCCGCCGCUCCACCACCAGUUCUACAACCCGAACGGGAGCACGGCCAGCUACAUAAUGGCGGGAGAGGCGGCGGGCAACACCACACCCACCGGCAACAUCAUCGUGUCCAGCUACGAGACGCAGUUGGGCUCUGUUUACGGAACCGAAGCGGAUGCCCACCAGACGAUGCCGCGCAACGAGAGUCCCAACGAGUCGGUGUCCUCCGCCUUUGGCCAGCUGCCGCCCACACCCAACAGCCUCUCGGCUGUGGUCAGUGGUGGCGGGGUGACCUCCAGUGGAGGCGCUGCGGGCGUCGAUCCCUCGCAGUCGCUGGCCAACGCCAGUGCUGGCAGUGAGGAGCUGUCCGCAGGCCUGAAGGUGGAAACGGCGGAUCUAGUGGCGGCCAGUCAGUCGCAGUUGUACGGGGGAUGGAGUUCCAUGCAGGCGCUGCGUCCCAAUGCCCCACUUUCGCCGGAGGACUCGCUGAACUCCACCAGCUCCACGAGUCAGGCUCUGGAGAUGACCACCCACCAGAUGUUCCACCCGUAUCAGCAUGCGCCCCAGUAUGCCACCUAUCCUUCGGCCCCGGGACAUGCCCACUCGCAUCCGCAUCACGGACAUCCGCAUGCCCAUGCCCCACAUCCGCAUGCACAUCCGCAUGCGCAUCCGCAGUACGCAGGCGGCCAUCCGCACUAUCCGCCACCCACUUCGUCGUCGCACUUCAUGCCGCAGAACUUCAAUGCCGCCGCCUUCUCAUCGCCCUCGAAGGUCAACUACACAACGAUGCCGCCACAGCCGUUCUAUCACUCCUGGUACUGAAACGGAUCCUCCACCACCACCACCUCCUCCUCCAGGAGCAGGAGCAGGUGUCGCCAGGUCCCUGGAACAAGCCGCCAAAGAUGUACAUACAUAGCAGGGGAGAAACAUGAAAAUAACAUUUUUGUGUGGGGCAGUACUGACGUUUUCCAUGUGGGAAAACAUCUGACAGACUCGCCCCCAAAAUAGUUCCAAUUCGUAGAGCUAAGUAGACCUAGUAAAUAGUACCCACUAAGGUUUAGGACAUAAGACGAAUAGAAUAAGUAGCAAGUGCCUUGAAAAUAAAUAUCUAUGCUAAUUUAUCCCGUA